UUUGUGAUCUUCUGGAAUUCUCCAUAUACUCUUCAUAUUUGACACUUUACAUACUUCCUUCAAGUCCUCUUUCAAACCACGCAAAACCCUAGACUCAGUACUUGCUACAGAUUCCAUGGCAAUUCUUUCCGAGUACGAGGAGCCGGAAACUAAUACGUCUACUUCUUCAGCUGCCGCAGCGAAGCCGUUUAAGGCCUCUCUUGAUCCAGCUAAUCCGCUUGGAUUUCUCGAGACGGCGUUGGAGUUCCUGGCGCGCGAGUCUGAUUUGUUCAACAGCGAUUCGUUGAUCAACGAUGUGAAUGCGGUGGUUCGGAUGGUCAAGGACAAGGUCGACACCGAGGACCGAAAGCGGAAGGAGAAAGAGAAGGCCGCGAAUGGGAACAUUGAGAAGAAGAUGAAGGAGCCGCCGAUCGCCGCCGCCGCCGCACCUGCUGUUCCGGUGAAGGAGGUGGAAGCUGAGGCUGAUAAGACUACCGGAACUACGGAGGGAACUACGGAGGGUGACAAAAAGGGACCUCGAGCUCCUAACAAAGGAAAUGGCCUUGAUAUGGAUAAUUACUCUUGGGUUCAAAGCCUUCAGGAGGUCACUAUCACUAUUCCAGUACCUCCUGGAACAAAGUCUAGGUUUAUCGAAUGUAAUAUAAAAAAGAACCAUCUUAAAGUUGGACUUAAGGGUCAGCCACCAGUAAUUGAUGCUGAACUCUACAAGCCUGUCAAGGUUGAUGAUUGCUUUUGGAGCCUGGAGGACCAAAAAUCCAUCUCUGUGCUCCUAACCAAGAGUGAUCAAAUGGAAUGGUGGAAAUUUUUGGUGAAGGGUGAGCCUGAAAUUGAUACCCAGAAGGUAGAACCAGAAAGCAGUAAACUAUCGGAUCUAGACCCUGAGACAAGGUCAACAGUGGAAAAAAUGAUGUUUGAUCAGCGACAGAAAUCCAUGGGUCUUCCUACAAGUGACGAAGUGCAGAAACAAGAUAUCCUGAAGAAAUUCAUGGCUGAGCAUCCAGAAAUGGACUUUUCCAAGGCCAAGUUUAGCUGAGUGCUUAUUUUGGUUUUGGUGGUGGUUGGUGGUGGACUUUUCUAAGGUCAAGUUUAGCGGUGGUGGUGCCUAGUAGUAGUAUAGAUUGCGUUUUUUGUUUUGGGCUAAAAACCAUUUUCUUCACUGUGGAUAUGUUUUUUCUUGGAGUUUUGUAGUGCAUAUGCUCAAUUUGUUUGUUGACAUUUUAUUCGAUGGAAAUUUUGAACUGCUGAUAUGUUAGUGGAAUUAUAUUGAAUGACUAGGUAAUACUCAAUUUGUGGAGAUCGUCACCUUCACCUU